CACCGCUAUCGGUGGGAGGCGCAACAGCUGAUUUUGAUAGUGCCGCCCUGGUUGUUUUUCGGUUCAAGUUGAAUUUUAAUUCAUUUUCGCCGGUUAUCACAGAAAUGGCCCCGCCAAAGGCCGCCAGCCACCGUCCGGCGGUGCGGCGCAAGAAGUCGGCCACCCUGGUGGACUCCAUCCUGGACAAGUACCUCAACGUGCGCUUCUUCAAGUACCUGCUGCUGGAGCCGGCCGCUCUGCCCAUAGUUGGCCUCUUCGUGCUCCUGGCGGAGCUGGUCAUCAACGUGGUGGUCAUCCAGCGGGUGCCCUACACGGAGAUCGACUGGGUCGCCUACAUGCAGGAGUGCGAGGGCUUCUUGAAUGGUACCACCAACUACAGUCUGCUGCGCGGCGACACAGGACCUCUUGUGUAUCCCGCUGCCUUCGUGUACAUCUACUCGGCCCUCUACUACGUGACGUCCCACGGCACGAACGUGCGCCUGGCGCAGUACAUCUUCGCCGGGAUCUACCUGCUCCAGCUGGCCCUGGUGCUGAGAUUGUACGCGAAGAGCAGGAAGGUGCCGCCCUAUGUGCUGGUGCUCAGUGCCUUCACAUCGUACCGGAUCCACUCGAUAUACGUGCUGCGCCUCUUCAACGAUCCGGUGGCGGUGCUGCUCCUCUACGCCGCCCUCAAUCUCUUCCUGGACAGAAGAUGGAGCCUCGGAAGCACCUUCUUCAGCUUGGCGGUGGGCGUUAAGAUGAACAUCCUGCUGUUUGCUCCUGCCCUCCUACUGUUCUACUUGGCCAAUCUGGGACUAAUGCGGACGAUCCUGCAGUUGGCCGUCUGCGGAGUGAUACAACUGCUGCUCGGCGCUCCAUUCCUGCUCACCUAUCCUGUGGAGUAUCUGCGGGGUAGCUUUGAUUUGGGACGCAUCUUCGAGCACAAGUGGACGGUCAACUAUCGCUUUUUGAGCAGAGAUCUUUUCGAGAACCGAUCCUUCCACGUCUCACUGUUGGGCCUACAUCUGCUGCUCCUGCUGGCCUUCGCCAAGCCCACCUGGACCUUCUUCCAGAGCUACGUGCGCCUGCGCCGCAUUGAGGAUCAGCUACAGCCACAAAUAGCCCAGCAGAACCUUGAGCUGAAGGCCCAGAAAAAGCCCAAGAAGGUGGAAAAGGACAAGGACCAGAACAAGUUUACACCCGAGCAGCAGUCCUUCCUGAAGUCCUUCGAGAAGAGCCUGCAGAAGGCGUCCGGAGGCAAGGCAGCGGCAGCGGCAGCUCCCGCCCAGUCGGAACCGGAGCGCUAUGGAAUCCACUUCGACCGCUGCACUCAGCUGGCCCUCCUGCCGUUCUUCCUGUGCAACCUGGUGGGCGUGGCCUGCUCCCGAUCCUUGCACUACCAAUUCUACGUCUGGUACUUCCACUCGCUGCCCUAUUUGGCCUGGUCCACGCCGUACUCCUUGGGUGUGCGAUGCCUAAUCCUCGGACUCAUUGAGUACUGCUGGAACACCUAUCCCAGUACGAACUUCUCCAGCGCUGCCCUGCACCUCACCCACGUCGUACUGCUGGCCGGUGUGGCCAAGCAGCUUGUGCAGACCAUGCGGAUUAAUAAGGCGGCCAAGAAAGAGCAGCAGGAUCAGCAGAAAAAGCUCCAGUAGAAGGCUGAUCUUCCUAGCCAUGAGUGCCACUUAAACCGUUCUGAUUAUGCCAAAAAAAUGAUUAAAAGUACAUUAAAUUAGUUGUAGCU